CCCCGGCCGAGGAGGCAGCGCGACCUCCGCACGAUUCUUUCAGAUUUUAAGGACGAAUGCACCUUAAUAGCUCAUGGAAGAAAAAACACAAAUCAAGACAUUUUUUGGUUCCAAGUUGCCAAAGUAUGGAACAAAAUCUGUAAGAAGUACAUUGCAGCCAAUGCCAAAUGGGGCACCUGUUAAUUUAUUAGGAACUUCCAAGAAUAGUAACAUUAAAAGUUACAUAAAAAAUAAUGGCUCUGAUUGUCCAUCAUCCCAUUCAUUUAAUUGGAGAAAAGCAAAUAAAUACCAACUUAGUGAAGAGCCUAAAAAUACUCAAAAUUCACAAGAUAAAUUAAUUGAUUCUGAAAAACAUGUUUCUACUCAAGGAAUGUUUGAUAAAAAUGGGAUAAAGGGAGGUUUGAAAAGUGUUUCUUUACUUACAUCGAAGUUAGCAAAACCAUCCACUAUGUUUGUAUCAUCUACAGAGGAAUUAAACCAAAAGUCUUUUCCUGGACCAUCUAAUUUGGGUAAAUUCACCAAAGGCACAUUAUUAGGAAGGACUUCAUAUUCUUCAGUCAGUACUCCAAAAUCACAAUUGAAUGGAUUUUAUGGAAGUCGACCGGCCGGUAGCAUGCAAAGGCCUAGAGCAAACUCUUGUGCUACCAGAAGCAGUUCUGGAGAAAGCUUAGCUCAGUCCCCAGACAAUAUUAAAACAAUUACUUGUGAAAAGAUGGUAAGGUCACAAAGUUUUUCACAUUCCAUUCAGAACUCAUUCCUUCCGCCUUCAUCUAUAACCAGAUCACAUUCCUUCAAUAGAGCUGUAGAUCUUACAAAGCCUUAUCAGAACCAGCAGCUGUCCAUUAGAGUGCCUCUACGGUCAAGUAUGCUGACAAGAAAUUCCCGGCAGUCAGAAGUGCUCAAUGGGAAUGAACAUUUGGGGUAUGGAUUUAAUAGGCCUUAUGCUGCUGGUGGAAAGAAGUUGGCUUUACCAAAUGGCCCAGGUGUAACUUCCACUUUCGGUUAUAGAAUGGUUCAUCCCUCUCUACUGAAAUCUAGCCGACCUCCAUUUUCUGGGACUAUCACAGUUGAUGGAAAUAAAAAUUCACCUGCUGACUCAUGUGUAGAGGAAGAUGCUACAGUUUUGACUAAGGACAGAGCUACUAGUAAGGACCAAGAACUAACUGAAAAUGAAAGUUACAGAACAGAAAAUGACCAGACCAUGAAACAUGAUCCUAAAAUUAGAUACCUGAAUGAUGAUGUGGAUGACAUUUCCUUGUCUUCUCUGUCAUCUUCUGAUAAAAAUGAUUUAAGUGAAGACUUUAGUGAUGAUUUUAUAGAUAUAGAAGAUUCCAACAGAACUAGGAUAACUCCAGAGGAAAUUUCUCUCAAAGAAGAAAAACAUGAAAAUGUACCACCACAGGAUAUAUUUGAUUCCCCCAAGGAAAAUGAAAAAUCCUUCAGUAAAACCGAUGAAUGGAUAGAUAUAAGUGUCUCUGACAGGAGUGAAUGUAUAAAACAUCCUUCUGGGAAUAAUUUGAUUUCACCAGAUACGGAUUACAGAGCUGGUUCUUCAUUUGAACUCUCUCCAUCUGAUAGCUCUGAUGGAACAUACAUGUGGGAUGAAGAGGGUUUGGAACCCAUCGGAAAUGUCCAUCCUGUUGGAAGCUAUGAGUCCUCUGAAAUGAACAGCAUAGUAUGUAUAAAUUUAUAUACUUUGGAAUAUUUUAUUUAUUUUACUUCAGAGAGAGGUGAUAUUCAUUGAAUUUCUAAUUUAUGAAUUUACUACUUUGAGAAAUGGGAAUUCAUAUCUGUUAAAGUCCUGUAAAAUAUCUGACCCUAAUAUAUAAUAAAACAUGGAAAUAUAUGACAUUUGAUGUAAAUAUA